UCAUCGUUUCAGUUGUGAAGAACAAUACAUAGCAUUUCAGAUUUUGCACCAAACAAAACUCAGAUUUUGCACCAAACAAAACUUAUCAGAAACUCUUGUUCUUCAUCUUCUUCUUCUUCAUCUUCAUCUUGAAAUCCAUGGAAUACAGAACCUUAGAACUCAACAUCAUAUCAGCAAAAGACAUAAAGAAUGUUAAUCUUUUCUCGAAGAUGGACGUUUACGUCGUCAUGUCGCUCACCGGUGACCCUUAUCAUCUUCAAACGGCAACCACCCACGUGGACAAAGACGGCGGUUGCAACCCCAAAUGGAACUAUCCGGUGAAAUUCUCCGUCAACGAAGCGCUGGCAAAGGAGAACCGUUUGACCCUCGAGGCCAAACUCGUCUCCGAUCGCACCCUCGGCGACACCAUCAUCGGCACCGUCCAUGUUCCUCUCAGGGAGCUCGUCGACAACCCCGGCGAAGACGACGGCUUCCGAGACGUCAGCUACAAGGUCGUCAAAUCUUCAGGAAAAUCCAAGGGGUCAUUCAAUUUCUCUUACAAAUUCGCCGAAAAGGUCUCUAAUUCCUUCUCCGCCGGAAGGCUCUCCGCCGCCGCCGCCGCGUCAAAAACAGAAACGGAGCCAGUGAUGGCUUACCCUCCUCAGACCUCCGCGGGAACAAGUGCAAUUCCUUUCGGAACAUCACAUCCUCCGCCGCCGCCCAACCCGGCUCCACAAUAUGGAUACCCACCCCAACAACCGUCUUACACCGGAUACCCACCGGCUCAACCCGGAUACGGGUAUCCACCUCAACAGAGCUACGGUGGAUACCCCCCACAACAAAACGGAUACGGUGGAUACCCACAGCAAAACGGUUAUGGUUAUGGAUAUCAAGGGUACCCCCAACAAGGUGGAUAUGGAUAUCCACCGGCCCAGAAACCAAAGAAGAACAAUUUCGGAAUGGGGUUGGGAGCUGGAUUGCUCGGCGGUGCCUUGGGUGGUAUGUUGAUCGGAGAUAUGGUAUCUGAUGCUGCGGAUUAUGAUGCUGGAUACGAUGCUGGAUUUGAUGAUGCCGGUGGAUUUGAUUUUUAAAUCUUUUCUUUAUAGUUAGACGUGUGUUUUUAUGGAUUCCAGAUUUCAUUGUUGUUUUUUUUAAGGUUGAGUGACGAUGUUUCAUGAUGCUGUUUUAUCAGUAUUUGUUUCAUAUCUACCUCGUUAUUUGACUUUGUAUUUAUCUGGUAUGACAUAACAUACGUACAGCUUUGUGAUUUCCUCACUGUUCAUUUCUAUUCUAUUCACAGAUGAGAUCAAGAAGAGGUUAAUUAUACGUAUAGUUUGGGAUAUGAUAGAUAUGAUAUUAUGAUAUGA